UUCUUGUCACAUGGUACAAGAAAAGAGACAUUUGUUGAUCAGGAAUAUAUCUUUAUUGACAAUUUAUGACACAAAAUGGCACAAGAUGAAUAAUAUACAAGAGUACAUUGGGGUCUUAGAAGAUGGAUGUGAGGAGACUGGGGGUCAGAAAAAUAAUGGAGAAUCUGGCAAAGAGAGUUUUUCAGAAGAGACUGAUUUCAAGAAGCAGACUGAUGUACGUUCUCUCGGUGCUUAUGGAGGUUUUGAAGAACCAACAAAUGCACAAGAUGAACAGACUGGAAGUAGUUUUGAAGACAUUCAGGACCUUGAUGUAAAAAAGCCUGAUAUUGAAAUUUGUGAACAAAGACCAGAAUUUUCUACCAGUAUUACUACAAUAGUACCACAUAAGGUCACUCCUGUUCUUCCAGGUGUUAACAACGCUUCAGCAUCACAAAAUGUUCUCCAAAUAGAAGAAACUAAACAAUUAGAUGAAUUGAAUGAUGUCUGUGGUGGGGACUGGCAAUACCUUGCAUUGCUUAUGCCAACAGCUGAUAAGAAGGAGAUGCUUGGAUUAGAUGACAAAAAUGCAAAACAGGUCACCAUCACAUACAUUGUUCAGGAUAUGAUACAAAGAAAACAGUCAUUUACAGUGAUAAUGAAAGAUUUGAUUGAUAGAAUACGAAGGAUUGUAUCAAAGGAAGUCCAUUGGGCAUGUUUAAUUGUCAGGCUCAAACAAACUGAGACCCUGAAACUGGAUGACUUAACAAAACUUCUUGAGGUGGUAGGGGACUUUGAAACAUUAUGGGCAUUGCUUUCCAUGCCAUGUCACACACAAGAGAAUAUUGGCAGAAACGAGAAUGAAGUGCGCUUUCCAGAUAUGAAUGAGUUGUUAAAGCAGCUGGACAUUAUUGUUAGAAAACUAGAGGAGAAUGGUAAUCUACCCACAGAAGAUAGGGAGAAAAACAAGUUAUGUGCAUUAUUAUUGCCAGAAUUUGAACCAUUGCUUGAAAUUGCCUUAUCUUUAGGAGGAAAGGGGCUGAAGCAAAAAUUUAAACGGCUUUCAAGAAUGGAAAAAGACAAGGAAAGAUUCAACAUAUAUUUGACAUCAAUGGGGAUGGAAAUGAUUGAGUCAAAGGAAAUACUACUGGUAGAUAGACCACAUUCAGAGUGCCUUUUUGAAACUCAUUAUAUAGAAAACUGUAAAAUGGUAGGAAUGCCAAUAAAUAGGCAUGGAUGGGGGGCAGGUACACUUGGAUUUCCCAUAGUCAGGAAAGGGAGCAACAAUGCAUAUGCUAUUACCAGUAGCCAUGUGAUGUUAAUUGGAGAAGAUGUGGAUUUACCAACAAAUAGCAGUCGCUCAAUAAAGAUAGAGCAUCGGCUCUGCUGGUUUAGAAAAUGUCAGCUUCACUGCUAUCAGUCAGAUAUUGAGAUUGGUUUUGUUGUAUUUGGAUACUGUGAGCUUGGAAAUAGGGAAAAAACUGGAGUUGAAGUUGUGGUGCUGCAAAUGGUGGAAAAACGACAACAUAUAACAGAGAAUUAUAUACAGUACAAAAAUCUACAGAAUUUGCUCAUUUCAAACUGGGUAUUCUUAG